UAUUGCUAUGGGGAUUCCCGCCAGAGCACAAUUCUGACCACAAAAUGUUGAGCCCUUUUGGCUCAGUAUAAAAGUGCUUCGCUUUUCUUCCCUAGAAUUUAUUAUUCUCUAACUUUUUUUCGCCCACACUUUCACCAAAAAUGACCCGUUUUGCUGGAAAAUCUGUGAUUAUUACUGGAUCUUCAAGUGGAAUCGGGCGAGCUACCGCUGUACUUUUUGCAAAAAAUGGAGCCCAGGUAACAAUUACUGGCAGGAAUGCUGAGAAGCUGGAGGCUACCAAGAAAAAACUACUAAAAGUUGUUAAAACUCCGGACAGUGUAAAUGUGGUGGUGGCGAACUUGACCGAUGCCCAAGGACAAGAUCAGAUAAUUCAGUCGGCGGUGAAGAAAUUUGGAAAAAUUGAUAUAUUGAUUAACAACGCCGGUGCAAAUGUGGUCGACGGUACUGUGAAUACAGAUCAGUCAAUUGAUUUGUACCAUAAAACAUUUCAAAUCAACUUUCAAGCUGUCGUGGAGAUGGUCAAGAAGACCAAAAAAUAUUUGAUAGAAUCGAAAGGAGAAAUCGUGAAUGUUUCGAGUAUCGCUGCGGGACCACAAGCGGUGUCAAUGUCUCCUUAUUAUGCAGCUGCAAAAGCUGCACUUAACCAAUACACACGAUGUGUUGCACUGGAUCUUAUAAAACAAGGAGUUCGCGUCAACUCUGUCAGUCCUGGCAUCAUCGCAACAAAUUUUAUGGGGGCUAUGGGAGUGCCUGAGCAGGCACAGAAAAAGAUUGUGAAUCUUUUCGCUUCUGAAAAAGGAUGCAUCCCUGCUGGAGUUCCAGGAAAACCGGAAGACAUUGCCGAACUCAUUGUGUUCCUGUCGGAUCGUAAGAGAUCCUUCUAUAUUGUCGGACAAUCAAUUGUGGCGGACGGCGGGACGUCUUUGAUAUCUCCAAUGGAAUCACAGAAUCUUGAGGAUGUCAUGGAACUUGGAACCUGAUUGUUUUCCCUUGAAAAUCUCUGACCAUCCCCUAUAAAGAAAGUGUAAAACCUUAUAUCGCAUUUUUAUAACUUAUAUUAAAUUUACUUUUUUGAAUAAAAUACAAUUAUCCUGAAA